GCGAAGUGCAUCGACAAGGUGAAGAUCAUCGGGCAGACGGUGUACCACUACUUCCGCUACGGCUGGAACCUGGUCGAUCUCAUCAUCAUCACAUUCUUCUUCGCCCACGUGGCCCUGCGCCUCCGGACCUACGCCGCCAAGAGCGGCCAG